AUCAGACAUGGAAGCGCUGAAGCGGGAGCUGCAGGUGCUGUCAGAACAGUACUCGCAGAAGUGCCUGGAGAUCGGGGCCCUGACGCGGCAGGCCGAGGAGCGUGAGCACACGCUGCGGCGCUGCCAGCAGGAGGGCCAGGAGCUGCUGCGCCACAACCAGGAGCUGCACGCCCGCUUGUCUGAGGAGAUUGAUCGGCUGCGUGGCUUCAUCGCCUCCCAGGGCUCCAGCAGUGGCUGCGGGCGCAGCAGUGAGCGGAGCUCCUGUGAGCUGGAGGUGCUGCUGCGAGUGAAGGAGAAUGAACUUCAGUACCUGAAGAAGGAGGUGCAGUGCCUCCGCGAUGAGCUCCAGAUGAUGCAGAAGGACAAGCGCUUCACCUCGGGAAAGUACCAGGAUGUGUAUGUGGAGCUGAAUCACAUCAAGACGCGGUCAGAGCGGGAGAUUGAGCAGCUGAAGGAGCACCUGCGCCUCGCCAUGGCUGCCCUGCAGGAGAAGGAGGCCGUGCGCAACAGCCUGGCCGAGUAGAGGUGGCCGCCGUGGGGUCCUGGUGGUCCAGCCUCACUGCAGACCCUGCAGCCCAAGGGGACCAGUCGCCCUCCUUCCCUGCUGGAUGGACGUCAGAAGCCAAGCUUUCUCCCCACCCUCUGUGGGCCGCAUGUGCACUCACAUCCACCACACACAUGCACUCACAGGCACACACACACAUAAGUACACAUGCACAUGGGCACACACACACACACACACAUACACACACACACUGUCUGCGUAUCUGAGCGUGCCCCUCGCACUGGGUCUUACCUUGCACCUUCUUCAGGAUUUUAUAUGUGAAGAGAUUUUUAUAUAGAUUUUUUCCUUUUUUUUCCCCUAAAACACUUUAUACUUUUUAAAAAGCAAUUCCUGGUGGCAUGUGCCUCCAGCACUGGCUCCCCCUCUGCCUCCAGCCGCCUGCGACUCGUGGGCUUCUGGACCCGUAGCCCCGGCCUGGGUCCAGCGGAAGCCCAACAGCAGCAGCGCCAUGGCAGGGCUGGCUCUGGGGGGAGAGGCAGGGAGCCAGCCACCCUCUUCCCGCCCUACCUCCCACUAACUACUUCCUGCCCUGGGGGGACCUGCUCCCUGGGACUCUGGUCAGAGGGACAGAUGGACAGAGGGAGCCGGCAGCUGUCCCCAUGGCCCCCUCCUCUGAGAGGGUGCUGGGCUUGGAUCUGCUGGAGCCGCCCCAUGCAGGCAUUUCUCUCCUGCUCCAUGAGCCUUCUUAACUUAAUAAAAUGUUCCGGCA